UAUUUAAAGUAAUUGGAAUGAAAAAACCUACACUUUCUUCAAUUAUGGAGCAUUGUUAUGUUGGACACUCUAAGUAGUCCACUUCACACAGUUUCUACUUGAAUGUGCGUGCAACGUUUCAAGGAAAAAAUUAUUUGAGUUGCACGGUAAAGAAGAGGGGAAUACUGCCAUUAAAAAAGCCUUGCUCACUUGUCUUGUGUUAAAAUGACCAUUUAAAUGACACCACGUAUGCGCACAGAAGUAAUUUAUUAUGAUUAGAUAUCUCCACACACCAAAACGCCUUCAGUACUUCACGUUCUUCAAACUCUUUCCUCUACCGUCAGAAUGAAAAGGUGUAAUAUACUACAUUUUUUGCAAAUAUUUGCUCUCGUGGUAGUUAUUUGCUGUAAUAUGUGGCUCAUAGCAAACCAGACAAUAUGUCCAAAAGAUUUUAACUUAUCUGAACAAAACACUCUUGACUUGGGUUCGAUAAAAGCGCACGAACAGAGUUCUACAAGCACAGCCAAAGUGGUAAAAAGCAUAAAGAAAUCAGACGUAGUAGGGCUGCCCCCCAAUGACGAGCGGUUGGUCGAAUUCACUCGAAACCUUCUUAUAAAACCUGAUUUUACAAAGCCGUAUGUUUUGGACGCGCCUGAAAAGGUUGAUCAAUCCUGGUUUAACACAUCGACUCUGAUUCUUAGUCUGGCUAACAAGAAGGCAAGACUUGGGUGUCAUAAAAUUCAUACCAUGAUUACGACAACUGGUGUAUUUAUACAGAAUGGCGGCUUUUUCGUCGAGUGUGGAGCUCACGAGGGAGAAGCUAUGUCAAACACUAUAUUACUCGAAAGAGCAUUCGGAUGGACAGGGCUGCUGGUUGAAGGUGCGCCACUUCUGUCAUGGUUCGUUCAAAAAUUAUCAAUGGCAAGAAAUUAUACUUUCCUUGUUGUAAAGACUACCUUUUAUGACAACAAUUAUGGUGGAAGAGUGAGUCCGAAACGGGGAUUCGUCAGUGAGGGUGUACACGUGGAUGCAUUAUGCAUUCCAUUCAACACUCUAAUGCGCGCGAUGGAUAGAACGGAAGUAGAUCUCUUUAGUCUGGACGUCGAAUCGUUCGAGUUGGACAUCCUCAAAACGAUAAAUUUCCUGGAUGUUAAAAUCAAUAUUCUAUGUGUCGAGUUUUUCCUGCUAAGCCCAAUUCGCGCCAAGGAGCUACUGGUGUUGAUGAAAGAACAAAAAUUUAGGCUCAUCAGCAGGACCGAUCAGGACUUGAUUUACGUGCAUGAAACCUAUGUCCUGCCAGCAGGAAUUAAACCAAUGGUUAUAACCGAAGAGGAAAUAAUGAAAAGUCUGAAAGGUGUACCAUAUUAAUUCUUAUUCCGUGGCAUCAAUUGCGAACAUAUUUUUGUUGUGGUAUGAAAAAUGAAACGAUAUUUUGUAACUUGAUUGCACGUUGCACGUAAAUAAAUUUUAAAUUAAAGCAAAACUGCAAUAGAUUCGC